AUGACAUCGAGGUAUUCAGCUGCAGGAAGUGCCCACCAGCGAGAUUUGCGAACUCAGCUAUUCAGUACACCGACACAGUAUAUACGCCCACCAUACCAACAACAACAUCAACAGCUGCGCAGUCAGACCCCGCCCUCACGAGCACCACUGAGAAGCACAGCUUCACCGUAUGACAACUUGGCAUCGAACAAUAACCACGCCAGUGCUCUGCAUAACGAGUCCCUCCUCAAUUCACUAGAAACGCAAAACGACCAGGAAAUGGACUCAAUGGGAGCGAAGAUCAGCUUGCUCAAAAACUUGGGCGAGAAGAUGGGUGUUGAAAUCAACAAGUCGAUAAGUUUAAAUGACGACAUCACAAACAAUUUCGAGCGUGGCAAGGUCACUUUGAAGAAUACGUAUAACAAGAUGGUUGUUAUGAGUCAGCGUGCUGGUAUUAGUUGGAAGAUGUGGCUUUUGGUUUUCGGUAUUGUUGUGCUAUACUUCUUCUACGUUUGGAUAUUUUAA